CGCGCUGCCGAGGACGGGCACCGGACGGGAUGCCGGCGGCGCUGGGAGCCGGGCUGAGCGCGGAGCCGGCGGCCGGGACGCCCUGAAGCAGCGCCAGCAUGUCCCGCAAGAAGAGCCCCAAGGGCAAGGGCGGCAGCGCCGCGCCCUCCUCCGCCCUGCCCGCCGCCCAGCAACGCGCCGCCGCCGCCGCCGCCGCCGCCGCUGCCUCUUCGUCGGCCGGGCCGGGCCGGGGCGCGGGCGCGGCCGAGGAGAGGGCGGCCAACGGAGGGGCGCUGCCCAGCCGGCCCUCGCUCAGCAGCAGCGGCGAGUUCCACGACGUCGCCUUCAAGGUGAUGCUAGUUGGUGACUCUGGAGUUGGCAAGACCUGCUUGCUGGUGCGCUUCAAGGACGGCGCUUUCUUGGCUGGGAGCUUCAUCUCGACCGUGGGGAUCGAUUUCCGGAAUAAAGUCUUGAAUGUGGAUGGCGUCAAAGUAAAACUGCAGAUUUGGGACACAGCUGGCCAGGAGAGGUUCCGCAGUGUCACCCAUGCUUACUACCGUGAUGCCCAUGCUUUGCUGCUUCUCUAUGAUGUCACAAACCGAGCAUCCUUCGACAACAUCCAGGCUUGGCUGACAGAAAUCCACGAAUAUGCAAAGCAAGACGUGGUCCUUAUGUUACUGGGAAACAAGGUGGAUUCAACCCAGGACCGAGUGGUGAAAAGAGAAGAUGGGGAGAAAUUAGCAAAGGAAUACGGGGUGCCCUUUAUGGAGACCAGCGCCAAGAGCGGAUUGAAUGUGGACUUAGCGUUCAUGGCCAUCGCAAAAGAGUUGAAACACCGGUCCAUGAAGCUGCCCAACGAGCCCCGGUUCAGGCUGCACGACUACGUCCGGAAGGAGGUGAAGGGCGCUGGCUGCUGCCGCUCAUAGACUCUCUCUCGGGGGGUCCUGUCCAGACCACCUCCCCCCCUUGAAGGAGACUUGCCACAAGCACCCCGCCUGCUGCAUCCGUAUCUGCCACUCUUGUUCUCCUCCUUCCUGCUGCACAAGCGCUACAAAUCUCUUCCUUGUGUCUUGUUGUCUUUGUCCAGGUGAAUCUUUGGAAGGAUAAAUGGGGGCAGCUUUUUUUCCUUCACGGGGCAGGCAAGUGGGUUGUUGUUUUUUUCCAAAAGAGAUCCAGGUUAGAAGCAGCAAUGGACAAUCUGAAUGCGGACAGGACCUUUGGGGGUGGGGGAGAAAGAGGGAGAGGUUUGUGCCCAUUUCAAUGUUGAUAUCCCGCAUGAGUGACCCCCAAAGGGAGUGGGGCCACAGGGGAGCCCCUCCUCCCCAAAGUCCUUGCCAGGGAGAGUCCAGUUGCCAUGGAUUGGCUUCAUAUAGCGACUGUUUAGGUGGGACUUCAGCUCCACUUUCAUCAUUACUGCCUCAAUGAGUACCCAAACAUGGGGAUUUCCACUGCUCUUUAUUUUUUUAAAUAGAUUGAACUUAAAUGUUUGGUGUGCGCUAUUGCUGAUAGUUCUUCGAACACAUUUCCUCCCCCCCCCCCCAACACCCGAAACUAGCUGACUCUUCUUGGCUGUCAUUUGCUGACCCCCCACCCCUCUCCACAGGGCAGAAUAAAAUGUUCCCUCUGCUCUAGCUUUGGUUGUUGUGCCGCAGCUCUGGCCAUUUCCCCGCGUGGGAGGGUGUGCCUUUUUUUUUUCUUUUUUUUUGGUAGAAGUGUAACA